AUGGUAUCUACAGAUUUGUCUCCCACUUAUCAUGGCUAUAUUGGGUCCACUAAGGAUGCACUUUUAGUCAUCCACCAAGCACUAAACAAGCAAUUAGAAUUUGUUCCGCGCCGACCCCAUGAAGGAGAAAGACCUCACUUGAUUAAGUCAGGUAACGUGUUUGUGUUUAUUGAAGAACAGUCGGGGAUCAAACGUUGGACUGACGGUACAUCGUGGUCACCUUCUCGUAUAUUGGGAAGAUUUUUGGUUUAUCGAGAAUUGGACAAGUCUGGUCUCAACGAAAUGGACGACAAAAAGAGAAAAAAACGCAAGUCUGGUCUGAAAAACCAACAAACACGACUGCGUGGCACAGACCAUGCUGAGCCAGGAACAAGAAACAUCAGAGAUGGUGAGGAGAUGACCAUUUUGAAUCCACAGACUCAACACCCCUUUCAACCAGUACAUCAAGCCAUUCCUAGCAGCCAGAACACACAAGAUCAAUCAAGAUUGAUACCGCCAAACACAAUACCUGCGUCCAAUACAUAUAGCAGCGCUGACUACAGCAAAGGUUUACUAAGUGGGCCCUUGGUGACUUCGUACGUAUUCAAGGAUCAAGGAUUGAUUAAAAAAACAUUGUCAUUGACUACAACUACAAGUGAUCUCCAUUUGCAAAAGUUGAAUGAGAAACAAACAAUACAUUUGAUCAGUUACUAUAAUGCGCAAGAAGUGAUGAAUGGGAAACUACAGCGUCCGUCAGAUUCUGCUUUCAAAGAUGUUGUUAUUCCGGCAGCAUUGUGGACUGCAGUCAAGGACAGCUCUUUAGGAGGAAAAAUUCCCAUCGAAGACGAGGCAUUCUACUUCCUUGAUGGAAACUAUCAAUUACAGAGCAUGUUGCAACUGCAAGUGCAACAACAACAACCGCAGCAACGACAACCCACAGCAACCUUAGCAGCCAAUUUUGGUGGAACUGUUUUGAAUAAUAACAAACUAAGUUAUGUCAAGUAUGGCCAGUUGCCUCAGCACCGGCAACAAUUUCAAGCCCGCAUGGGGCAGCAAUCAAAUGUGACAAUUGGACCACCUAACCACCACCAAACUGACGUUGCUCCAAUCAAGCGAGAAGAGGAUGAAAGCACACCAGUGGUGGGAAAUGAUUUGAAUUUCAUCAAUCCGUUUGCCGGAAACCAACAACAAUUGCCCGUCUACGGAGGCUCAUUGGGUCUUGUUUCCAACAACGGAGGUGCCUAUAACUACCUGAUUCAAGGACAGGGACAAGGAUUCGCGCUAUCCCAGUACAAUCAGUAUUUACAACCAAACGCUUCUCUGGUAAGCACACAGGACGGAUACCCCCAACAUUUUCAGUCAGGGCAACAUCAAUUGCAACAACAAUCACAGCCUCAACAACAGCAGCUGUAUGGACAGCAACAACAAUCUGGUAGUCCCAUUGCAUCCAACCCUGCGUUUCAGGCACCACUUCCUCCUGGCACAAUACCCAAGCCGUCAAGUGGGGUAGGAAUGAGUAGUUCACCAAGCGUGUCAGCGAACAAUCCUGGUGGUGACACAGCUGCUCAAUAUCGAUUGAGCUCGGGAUCAUCGGUAGACCAGCUUUCCGUUGGCAACAAUAAUUCAGUAUCCUCGGUCAAUAGCAGUGGAGUAUAUCGAGACAGUUUAUCCAACACCACCAGCACGAGCAGUGUUUUGACAGCAAAUUCCAGCUUUUCGGUCCCUAUUGGUUCGAGAAAGUUCAGCCAGCAGUCAUCUGCAGGCCAAGUUCAGACUGUGAUGCUGAGUAACUACCCACCAGUGAACCAAUCAUUUGGCACUACAAAUAGUAGUUCCAAUACAGUCACGCCUUCAGCUUCCUUGGCGGGUCCAUCUACUGACAGUGCUCAAACUUUGCAAGCAACUUCUUCUAACGAGAUCGAGCCAACCCAAGCACGUCCAGGACAAUUCGUUGGUCAAUAUCUGCAACCGCUACAACACCAUCAACAGCAUCAACAGCAUCAACAGCAACAACAACAGCAACGACCACAACAACCACGAUGCCAGCAGAACCAACACUUGCAUCUGCAUCAACCCCAACUGAUUCACCACCCGCCAAUGUAUCCUUAUCCGCUGCCACAUCAACAACAAUUUCAGAAAUGGAGCAAUUCUCCUCAACAGAACCCGCCACCACAAUUACAAGUGGGCGGACAUGGUAAUGGUGUUGCUAAUUCGGGAUUUGAUGACGGAAAUGUUGCUGCACCCGAGGGCGUACCCGGUCAGCAUAGCUCGUACUACCCUACAUCAAUGCAAGGUCCAAGAUUUUAG